CAUCAAACUGCGGCACGACGAAGAAUGACCGACGCGGUGCUGACGUGGAAAAGCCAGCUGAUGGAGUACGACCCGACAUCGGACGUUUGGAAGGAAGCAGCACUGCGGAUGCGACAGUACGCCACCGACUUUGUCGACGGUCUGAAGCAACGCCCGAACGACACUCGUGCUGUGGACGAAGUCCGUUCUCUCGUGCCAAACGAUCUUCGCGAAGAGCUCGAGGCACUUCCCGUUGCACAAUUCGCACUUGGUCUCAUCUUUUAUCGACCUUUCCAAGAAUUCGACCGCGUCUAUCGUCAUUUCUCCCACGAGUACGCCAAGGAGCUGUCCAUGCAAGCAAGGAAAGACUACAGCGAGUUCGACACGACGAGUUUUGUGUACGGCGAAGUCUUGUUUUUUCCGUUUGCGGACAUUUUGCUCUCCAUCUCAGACGACAUUCCACACGGCAAUGGCAUCUUCUACGACUUGGGAUCGGGGAUCGGCAAGGCCGUUGUGGCAGCGGCGCUCGUGCACAAGUUUCACAAAGCGAUCGGUAUUGAACAACUUAAGCCGCUGGUCGACUUUUCCCACGCCCGAGUCGACAAACUCAUGGAAUUCAACGACAUGGCGGGCCAAACGAUCUCGUACAUUUGCGGAAGCUUCUUCGAUCACAAUUGGAGUGAUGGCGAUGUUGUGUUUUGCCACAGCACAUGCUUUUCACCAAGCAUGUGGGAGCGCAUCUCAAAGGACGCGGAGCAGCUCAAGCAAGGCUCGUACUUCAUCUCGGUGUCGCACAUCUUGGCGUCACCGCUAUUUGAAGUGCUGCGCACGCUCACAUUGCAAAUGGGAUGGGGCCACUGCACCGUGUACAUUCAGCGCCGCCGUCGCAUCGGACGAUGGGCAAGCAAGAUGCUCAAGGGAAACGCCGCCCGAACAGACUUGCAUCGACCAAACGUUAAACAAAGCGAAGUGCGCGAGUAAAGUUGCGAUGUC